AUGGCAAAUUCCAAGUUCGAAUACGUCAAGGACUUUGAACAGUCCGAUCCGUUGCUCCCCAGUACCUGGAUUGUGGUCCGUAUUGACGGAAGAGGAUUUCACAAACUUUCAGAUCAUUAUGCUUUCCAAAAGCCUAAUGACCGUCGUGCGCUUGAUCUCAUGAAUGCGGCUGCAGUCGAGGUCAUGAAAGAUCUUCCGGAUCUAUGCAUUGCCUAUGGUGUCAGUGACGAGUUCAGCUUUGUCUUCUCCCCUAGCUGUCAACUCUUCGAGCGGCGAAGCGCAAAGCUGGUUACAACCAUUGUCUCGACUUUCACAGCAUACUAUAUCUAUCUGUGGUCCACAUAUUUCCCCUCUACCCCACUAGCGCCACCCUACCUCCCAUCCUUUGAUGGACGAGCGGUCAUUUACCCCAACGCACGUAUUCUUCGAGAUUACAUGAGCUGGAGGCAGGUCGAUUGCCAUAUCAAUAACCUUUACAAUACUACAUUCUGGACUAUGGUUCUGCAAGGUGGUAUGAGUAAUACCGAUGCCGAGCAAGAGCUCAAGGGCACCGUGUCUGGAGACAAGAAUGAGAUCCUUUUCAAGCGGUUUGGGAUCAAUUACAAUAACGAAGAGGAGAUGUACAAGAAAGGAAGUGUGCUCUACCGCCAGUAUGAGCUGGUGGAGCCCAAGGCUACUUCUAUCUCGACAGAUGAGGCUUCGAUUCCAGAAGCCAAGCAGUCAAGAUCCCAACAGGAUAAGCUGAAGAAGCUGCGUCGCAAGGCUCAGGUGGUAGUUGACCAUGUUGAUAUCAUCAAGGAUGAUUUCUGGGCGAGGCGGCCUUGGAUUUUGUCCGGGACCCCGGGCACGUUGCCGCAGAACUGA